AUGAGUUGUCCUCAGUGUAAUAGUCGAAAGUCUGUCAUUGUAGAAUCAGAACGUACAAGAUGUUGUGCAGACUGCGGAACGCUACUUGAUGAAAGCUCUUUUGUUUUUGAAGAUGACGCUGAUUAUGAAGAUCAUACUGUUUUUAAAACCACUGUAGCCAAACGUAGGCGAAAGGGUGAAACUUUUCGAAAGUAUCUUCACGAUGUUGCUAUUUAUUAUAAAAUGCCUGAAGAUUUAAUUGAAAGGGCUUAUAAAAUUUUGGACACCCAUCUUUCAAAUACGUGCAAUAUGUUCAAUAAGGUCGAAACAGCCAUCUGUAUCAUCUUUAUUGCGAGCGGAAGUGAAUGGAACAAUACAUGGAAUCUGUUUGAUUUUGCAAAGCACUUUUACGAGCAGGUCGACUUUCGUCAGCUUUACCGAAUCUACAUGUCUAUUAUGCAGCAGACGCCUCUAGCUCGCUCUAUCAAUUCAAAGACACCGCAGGAAGAUACUAAAGGUCUUUUGUUACGAAUCUAUCCUACGCUCAUGAAAGACAUUAUAUUAAAAGAGGAUUACGACAAGCUGUACAAAAGUAGAAAUGAAACGUCGUCAUUCAAUAAGUUGAUCCCUCUUGAUGAGCUUCGAAGAAAAAUGCUGGCACUUCUUGAUCUAGGAGAUUUGUAUUUGCUGAAUACCGGUAAACACGUUCGGCCCAUCGUUAUCGCUACAGCUUUUAUUGCUGGGUCAUCCAUUUACGUGAAACAUCGGCCAGCCAUCAGGAGCCUUUCGAAAAUGAAUAGAAAACAUGUCAAAUUAGCUAUCAAUCACAUUUGCAGUUCUGAAAAAUUCGAGCAUUAUUGCGAUUUUUUUGGAGGCGGUGCAUUCAAAAUUCGAGCACGUUUGAACGAGUAUAUUGGAUUAUUGUAUAUUUGCAGCCAGCAAUUACCAUGGCUGAAUAAUGGAGAAUCUAGCAAAUAUGUGCAUUAUAGCCUGGAUGACAUUUUACAAUGUUUUGGUAGUCGCCGAUCAGAAAAUGAAGCACAAAAUAGUGGACAAGGAGAGCAGCAGCAUCCAUUCAUGAAGUUAGAUAAUAAAUGUUAUAUGAUACCAUCCGUGAAGCUAUCGAAUGAGCGUUUUGAGGAGCGGAAACAGCAAUUAGCCAAAGUGCGUGAAUGGAUGGAAGGCAAGGGAAAACCUCCUACUUCCAUACUAGGCGCUGACAUAACAGCAAGCGACAAUAGUAGCUUGUCAUUACUACGAUCCAUAUACAAGUUGAGAUGUGCCGGAAUUUCUGAAGAAGAUCUAUUGAAUUAUACCGAUGGUGGAAUACGCGCACAAGCUGCUAGUUUGGAAUUCAGGGAAAGUUUGAGUACGCCAGCACCACGAACUGUUAUAUUUAGUGAUUUGAAUAGCAAAAGAGUCUCUGAAAGCGAUAUGACAGAUGAAGAGAUCGCGUUGUACCUGAGAUAA